AUGUGUGAAUUUCAGGACCGUUCAACGCUUGGUGAUUCUUCGCUGGCGGAUCGAAUCACGGAUUUGCGCACAAAGCAUAGGGAGACAACUGAGUAUCUGACCCGUCUUUGGGAAGAGGAAUCCCGCUACCACUCAGUUCCCCACACGACCUGUCGCCAAUGGGCAGUUCAUCAUUGCCCGAGUGAACGAGGAACCGAUUCCUGUCCAAACGACUAUAAUGCUCUAUCUCGUCAAGGUGAAUUCGUCAUUCAUCAUCGUCCAAGCGAGUACACCAUACAUCAUCGCCCAAGUGAGUACACAAUACAUCACCGGCCGCGUGGAUACAUGGAAGAGCACUAUCCACGACAGACAAUGGAUGAUCAGCUUCAAACUGACUACCCCGGUCCUCCACGACCAAGCGAGUAUUCGGUGUAUCGCAGUUCGGGUGAAUUCGUAGGCGACUACCGCUCCAGAGAGUUCUCGGUCGAUCAGCGUCUUACAGAAACCUCGGUUCAGCACAUUCGAAGUGAAUUCGUGGCUGAUUCUUUUCCCACCGUAUAUCCACGGGAUCAUCCAUUGACCGAAUAUUCAGUCCAAAAUCGUCCAGUAGUUCCGAAAGUGAAUAAUCUCGCAUCCAAAGUCCAGCAGGAUUCUCGGUCAAGCGAAUAUUUCUUCAAACGACCUACGGAAUACGCGAAACAUCCUCGUAGAGAAGAAUAUGUGUCCCGGGCUUUACCUCCAGAGUAUUUGCAGGCUCGCCUUCCAGCAGAUGACCCUGCGCAGCAGGGUCCCAGCGGAACAUCACAUGACCAAUACUCCUCAGCUGUAUCUACUAGACAAAUGAAAAAUAAGGUGCCGCUUUACUCGAGUUCCGCUGCAUCUGCUGCCCUCCAGCGCUCAAUGGAGCACUCACUGGGUGAUCUCCCCCCAGAGUAUUUGAGUGAUCAUUUUUCUGAAGACUCCCUCCGGAAUUCUCCGAAAAGUAGGAGCCAAGAAGAUAGCUCUGCUAAUCGACGCCAGAGUGCAUCUGCAACCCGUCAGCGCUCAAAAGCACAUUCAGCACAUCCGCGCCUUAGCGAGCCUACAAUUCCACCCCGUCUCAGAGAGCGGGUUGCCAGUCUACCUGCACGACCGACUGUACAAGAUGCAGCUGACAUGCUACAUUUGUCCACGAAAGUCAAAUUGAAAAAGAGGAAGGAGCGAGCCCAAAAUCGGGAAAAAGAAAAGAUUCUUGAGCAAGUUGAUGAGAGCAGGGAAGAGCCAACCGAAGCAGCGGAAGAAGGCCGCUCCAAAGAGGAAUCUCCAGCAAACGGUGAUCGCGCUACCGAUCAUGUUCGAGAAGAACCUGACUCUAAAGAAAGGCCAAACGACGAUGUUGUAGAGAAAGCGACCAGGAAAAGAGAUAAAGAAGGCGGUCCAAAUCGGGAAACAUCCUCAAAAAGAAAUGGCCGAGUCACGAUCAAGGAAAAGAUCAAAGACGAUUCUUCUAAAAGGGUAGAGUUCACGGAAAGCAAACCAAAUAUGGAAAAAGCUGUCAUGAAAGAUGACCGUGACGGAGCUAGAGCCGAAAAAGUCAAGGAUCAAGGAGGCGAACCUAUAGCAUUCAAACCGAGGCCACCUCGUCCAAAGUCUGCCAAAGGAAUACGGGAGUCGAAAAAACCUGAUCCACAUCCAUCAACAACAAAACGUGACGUGGUUCCUGAGCCAAUUCAGAACUUCGUCCCACAGAUCACCGUUCCUGUGCCUUUCAAAUUCAGUACAAGAAAACCGAUCAUAAAUAGGUACUCCAAAAAGUUUGUUGAUGAAAUGAUAUCGAAAAGAAAAGAGGAGGAGGAGGAAGAAGAAAAUAAAGGACACAAGGCAAAGCCGUUCACUGCUCAAGCUGUUCCAAAAUCGACCUACGUCUCGACCAAUCCACUGGUAUCCGAUAAGGCCUACGUGGAGGCUAUUCGAAGACGACUUACUGCGGUUAUGCGUAAGCACUUCGAGCAAGAAGCUCUCUCUAGACGAUCGAAGAGUAUGGGUGAUCUAACUGUUCGACCUGUGCCGAUUACGACGUAUGUGGCGCCAGUUAACACCGAUUACCGUCGUUCCCGAAGCACUCAUCGCCGAGCUGUGCAGCUUCUUGUAGAAGCAACAACGCCGCCUUUUCUAAGGGAGCACACUAUUCGUACGCAUGUGUCAGCAAAAGUUCGACAUCUGCAUUGCCUAGAUGAUCAAACCGAAUAUUAUCCACGACCACCGAUACCGGAUUUCCAACGGAUGCACGCAGAGAUGGAAAAUGCCCUCAAAAACGCUCCUCACAAACCGACGACUGUACCCCAACCAUUUCAUCUGACUGAUCCGAAAGCAUAUCGUCAUCGCCAGUGCAAAUCGUCUUCACCACCCCGUUGGCGAGCCCAGAAUGCAAGGAAAGUGUCCAAAGGAGGUGCCGCUGUUCGGCAGACGCACUCGUCAACUAUUAGAAUGGAGGCCAUAAGGCAGCGUCAGAAAGAGCUGGAUGCAGAACGUCAUCGAUCAGAAAAGUUCUGGGAGGAUAGGAAGGACGAAAUGGACCUCAGUCGGAUCAAACUGCUUUCUUCAAUGGGCUCACUACCAAAUGUCAACGACGAAAUUGAGAAGAAAACAGCUGAGAAGAUAAAGCGUUUCGCAGAAACAACGAGGAAUUACGAAGCGUUCUUAGCCGAAAUGCAACAAAGAGUAAUUGAAAGGCCUUUGAUAAUGGAACGCCAGUCGAUUAUUGCUCAAAAACAGAAGUUUAAUAGGAAAUAUGAGGAACGAUUAGCUGCUGUCGGCAAGAAGAGUACGUCAGGUCGAAAGGAACGCCACGAUUCGGAUGUCUCCGGCGGCACCUAUUCAGUAAAAUCCAAAGAUCAUGCGGAAAUGGGAGAAAACCCCACCGGAUGCUUUUCGACACUUAUGGAGAACAAGCGCCAUCUGAACGAACCUGCAGAGAAUGGUUUCAACGUUUUAGAAGGAGAUUUCGACUUGAAAGACAGGGAACGUCCAGGCCAACCGAAGAAGUUUGAAGAUUCGCAGCUGCAAGCAUUGUUGGAUGAAGAUCCAGCCCAGACUCAAAAGAGCUAG